CGGUCCCGGGCCGCUGUGGCACACAGGGGUUCUCGGCUUCUGGCAGAGUCCUGCGCUGGACUGCGUGUGCGGCAGCGGGACGCGGACCGGGAGGCUGGCUGCCCGCGGGCGAGGCGCGCUGGGAGGCCGAGGCCGGGGUCGGGGCCGGGGAGCCCCGCGAUCAGCCACAGCGGGGUCCCGGGGCCGCGGAGGGGCAAUGGCUGCCGGCGGCAUCACCACGCUUCCCGCACUGCCCGAGGAUGGCGGCGCCGCCUUCCCGCCCGGCCACUUCAAGGACCCCAAGCGGCUCUACUGCAAGAACGGCGGCUUCUUCCUGCGCAUCCACCCCGACGGCCGCGUGGACGGCGUCCGCGAGAAGAGCGACCCACACGUCAAACUACAGCUCCAAGCAGAAGAGAGAGGGGUUGUGUCUAUCAAGGGAGUGUGUGCAAACCGGUACCUUGCUAUGAAGGAAGACGGACGGCUGCUGGCUUCUAAGUGCGUUACAGAAGAGUGUUUCUUUUUUGAACGACUGGAAUCUAAUAACUACAAUACUUACCGAUCAAGGAAAUACUCCGGUUGGUAUGUGGCACUGAAACGAACUGGGCAGUAUAAACUGGGAUCCAAAACGGGACCUGGGCAGAAGGCCAUACUGUUUCUUCCGAUGUCUGCUAAGAGCUGAUUCACUUUAGAAACCCUCAAUGAGAGAAACGAAUGUACGCAACUAAGUUUGGACGCCUGGAUAAAGACUCAUUAUGUAACAGUAAGACACUUAACCGUUACCUCAGUAAAGAAAAGCAACAAUUUUUGGAAAAAGUUUAGAAUUCUCCCUUUUAUAGCUUUGGUUGUGACCCAGUGAUGAUUAGAGCCACAAUAUUUUUCAUUUAUUUUCUUUAUUAGAAAAGAGGAUUUGUAAACUAUGUGCAUUUACAAAUCAUGUAUGUGAGAAAGCCGGUGCCAGGUAUUAGCUGCAGACCGUGUCCACCU